GAUUUCAGCCUCUAAAAUGCCCCCUAAAGUUAGCGGCAAAGCAGCCAAAAAAGCUGGCAAAGCUCAGAAGAACAUUGCCAAAGGAGACAAAAAGAAAAAGCGCAAGAGGAAGGAGAGCUAUGCUAUCUACAUCUACAAAGUGUUAAAGCAGGUCCACCCCGACACUGGCAUUUCUUCGAAAGCUAUGACGAUCAUGAACAGUUUCGUCAAUGACAUUUUCGAACGUAUAGCUGGAGAAUCUUCUCGUCUUGCCCACUACAACAAGCGUUCUACUAUCACCAGCCGGGAAAUCCAAACAGCUGUUCGUCUCCUUCUGCCUGGUGAACUGGCCAAGCAUGCAGUAUCUGAAGGCACAAAGGCUGUUACUAAGUACACCAGUACUAAGUAAACGGUCUCCACCUCCCUUUUCUAAACGGCC